ACGGACACACAGACUCUACUCCACUUUGCUGGGAGAGUGAGAGGACGCACAGCACUAACAGGACAAAGUCACGGAUCAUCCUAACAGGCUCCGAGCCUGCGUAAAUCGUCGACUCAAGUUAUUUCUCGAUAGGAAAAUUCACAUUAAAGUCAAAUAUUUUCUUGUCUGACUUGGAGUGGCACUGCUGAGCAUUCUACAUUGAGACAGGAUGUCGGAGCUUUCCGUGAAUGACCACCUCGAAGGGAUUUUAUCUGAUUUUGAAGCACUGAAAAGAUCCUUUGAUGUUGAGGAUGUGGAGGCUCUACCUGCCUUUUCUACUGAUUCCCCUAGCUCCACCCUUGUUUCUCCCUCUUCCUCCCAUUUCUUCCACAUUCACAACAAAGUCAGUGAGGGGCAGGGAGGAGGUAGCCUGUCGCCUUCAUUAGCUUUCACUGGCAACAACAGCCUGGGGUCCACAUCCCAUCACUCCAAUAUCAGCCUGGGCUCUAAACCAAGCCAAGGGCUCAAGUCCCAUACAAUAGGCAGCCUAUCCUUCAACCGAGGGACCACGAUUAAGCCAGCCAUCCACAACAAUGGCUCAUCUGUGACCAGAGCUGCAUCCUUCCAGAGCAGGUUAAACCCUAGUGGUUGCUCAAUGUUCUCUGGGCCAGGUAGUGACAAUGAUAGCCUCCACAGCUCCACAUCCAGCCUGGAAUACACUGGUGGGGUGGGAGUGCCCUCCCAUUUUCUAAACUUGGGUCAUAUCCCAGUCCCCCAUCUCGAGGGGAAUACCAGCAAACCCAUCAACAUGAUCUACCACAACAACACUUAGAGGAAGGUGCUAACUUGAGACACAACCCCAACCUAAAGAAGUUCUCCUCCCAUAAUAAUGUAUUCCACUCUGAGAUGGAUCAGGGGCCAGGGGUGCUGCUGGGAGCUCCAGAAUCUCGGGGGGUGAACCAUGGCUCAAUGCCCAGCCUAGAUCUUCAAAACUGUGAUGGAGGAGGAGGAAUGUUGAGCAUGCAAAGAGGUGGAGGUGGUGCUAUGAUGUCUCCAGGGUUGAGAUAUGCAAAUGCAAAUGUCAGCUGGAAUGGUUGUCUUCAUAAUAACACUUUCUUUGGAGAGGAGGGCUCAAAAUACAACUGGCAGCGAGGGCCCCAGAUUCCUAAGACACCUCAGUCUAAGCCAAAAGAGACUCCACGUCUUAACAAGUUUCCCUUGGAUCUGGACAGCUUUGUUACCAGCACCUCAACUUCUUCCCCAUUAAGACUCAAGG